AUGGCCCAGGCUUGUGUUUGUUGUUGUGACGUCACUUGAUAGCGUACCGAUGCCAGUACUCGUUUCGAGCGAUCCAGACAUGGUCGUGUACACGAUAGUCGGUAUUCUGUGAUCGUGGAAUCGUGUUCGUAGUCAUCGAAAGGGUAUACGUGUAUACGGGAAUUGAUCGUAAAUUUUCGAAAUCGUAGAUUUUUUCGUCGUCGGCUUUGGUAAUGUGCUAACAAAGUGAUCUGUGGUGUGCCUUUAUCGGUUAAUUUUUUCAGUGUGUUGUGUCGAAAUUGAUUAUUUUUUGUAGUUCAAGUGUUGGUGAAUUGUGACCAGUGUCGUGUUAUUUUUCUGCUCUGAUAAAAUGUAUCGGAAAUCGAAAAAUGGAUAAAAUUCGAAUCCGCGUUGUUGGUUAAUCUGGAGAUACCUUCUGUUGACAUUUUACUCGAGGACCCUGUUGUUGGGGCGCUACAUCGCACAGCUCACCAUGAAAAAAGAUAUUAAAAAAUCCUCCUACUACGUGUGGUUCUUGGGAGCCGAGGAAGCCAAAGGUCUUCGAGGCUCGGAGUUCAUGAUCCCGGUCAUAAGGCAUUUGGUGGAACGUGAAAAGGAAGUCGAGCCGUUCAAAGUGACGUUACAAGUCAGCCACAAAGGCUUGAAAAUCAUCCAAAACGUACCGGUCGGAUACCCGGUGAAAUUAUCGUCGAAAAAUAAUGGUAAAACCGAAGUGGUAAAGCAUUUCAUUCCCCAUCACGCCGUCACCUCGGUGUAUCAAGAAGAAGAUAUCGUAUCUUGUAUCCUACUGCUUUUUAAUCCGGUCACCAAAUGCCCGGUACAUGUGCACGCCUACAGGUGCGACUCGAUCGAAACAGCCGAAAUACUCUGCGGCCAAUUGCAAACGCUGCUCGAGCGUCCGGAAAAUCAAAAGAAACUCGAAGAAAUCGAAUCUCGACUGAAAGCCAAAGGACUAGUGCAAUCGCAGUCGCAGUCAAAGCUACGUAAAGUGCAUUCCCCCGCGUCAGGCAGUUCGGACCGCAGCUCGGCUAGAGAAUCGGAUCUAUCCGGCGGAUCUUCGAGCUCUGAUCGAAUGAGCGGUUUCGGCAGCCAAGAGUCCAGAAUCGCUAAUCUUUACGAUUCGCUGGCCGCCGAAUUGAAAGAGAAACUUUGUACCGGAAGUCAGCAAAAUCACGCUCCUAUAUUGUUACCUCCCCGAGACUACGAUACUGUUCACAGGCAGAAAGGUAAUCUGUCCGGUAUCGAUUUUAGAAGAUGCCUUAAUAUGAAUAUCGUCGGCGUAAACGCGGCCAAAAACAAGAAAAACGACCUGAUUACCGCUCAAGCUUCCGGCAGCAAACAAAUACCCAAGACUAAGGUCGGCUCUAGCGGCGGAUCCAGCGGUAUUGGAUCCGAUCACGCGCCAAGUCCGGAUCAAGAAAACGAUACGAGGUUUUUAGAUAAUCAAUCCACUUCUGACGAAGAAUGGAACGUCGAACCGAACGAAGACUCUCUAUUCCUAGUGCAAACUUCCGCAUCAUCGCAGCAAAACGGCUGGCACUCGAAAGAGCUCUCGUUACCAAGAGCCAGACGCCACAACAGCAGCGGUUUCGAGUCGAGCCCAGUUACAUCGCCCGGAUCACCGAAUACGCCUCCGGAUGACCGAUACCUGCACCAAGAUACGCUAUUUCGCAGCAAUAAGAAACCAGUACGUUCUAUACCAUCGACGGAUUACGAAAAGAAGCAAAAAUAUCUCGAAGACGUACGCGUCCCCAAGCAUACGUUUUUCGAUAAGAAUAUUUCUAAGUCAGAAUUGAAAUUAGAUUUGUCCAAGAGACGACCGGAGGAACGUCAAAGGUCACCGUCUCCGACCGAAGUCGCUUCGCCCAAAGAACGCUUCAAGGAUGCCAAAGAAAAGUUCUUGUUAUUGGAACGCGAACGACUCGAAGAGCAAGAGAAACUCAUACAGAUGAAUAUCGAGAAGAAGAAAUCCGGCCACGUUGCCGAGUACCCGAAUAUAUCCGCCAUUCCUACCGCCAAACCGAGAUCGUCCAAGAAUUGGUCCUCAUCAAAAGGUGCCAACGAAGAGUACGAAUACAAAAGACGUUCGACAGCUUACCCGAAUAACGAUUAUCACAGAUCGGAAGAAGACUUUGGAGAUAUUACCGAGAAACGUAGAUCUAUCGCUAGACCAUCGUCGUACCAUCGUAAUAAAUCGGUAGAAAGUCUGAAUUCGGAAGAUUAUCCUUCAAUAACGUCCACCGGCAAUUGUUACAACAGCAACAGCAACAGCAACAACAACAACAGUAACAACAGCGGCUCCGGCAGACACGACGGUGGAGGCAACGGUCACGUUAUUAGUUUAUCGCGAUCCAAGUUAAAUUCAUUCAGAGAAGACGAAAGGUAUAAUAAUAGUCGAAUGAAUCGAUACCACAGUUCGGAAAUACCUUGCGUCGAUCAAAAGAUGGUCGCCGAUAGAAGAUGUAAAAGUCCUGUAAAUAAUAUACCCUCCGUCGCUCGUCCGGCUCCUAGAUCGUACUCCGAAGACUACCUUCCCGAUCACGUGGAUAAUAACAAGAGGUACAGAGAUAUGUCCAGGAGUCAGCAUUCAGUGCCAUUCGCCGAAGACGACUCAAUCCCGUUACAAAGGUACCGAAGUCCUACCAGACAUGUAGAUAAUACCAGAAUACAACAAACGCGCAGCACCAGUAAUCGUAAUCAGCAGUAUUCGUCGUACAACCACGAGGACGACGCUAAUCAAAGGCGAGUCAAAAGAUCCGAUAGCAAGUAUUAUUCCAAAUCGGCGCAGCCUUCGCCCAACGAUGUAGAUAAACGUAGAUCCAUGUUAGAUGCGCUCGAAGACGAGAAACGUAAAAAUUCUAACGAAAUAGCGAAAGAAUUCAAAAGACGAUCGUAUCAGGAUCAUCGAACGGCGUCUGAAAUCUCUUACCAAGGUAGUCUGGGAUACCACGAAAUCAACGAACUGGAUCGAUACCCGGCUGUGGAACGCGAUACCAGCACCAGCAACAACAAUGGCUGGACCACUCAUCACCACCACCACAACAACAACAACAGCAGCCACAGCAACGGCAACAAUCACAGCAGUAAUAAAUUAAUUAAAAAUGGUAAAUCGUUAGCGGCAGCGGCGAUGGCCGCUGCUCCUCAUCAUAAUGGUUCAGCACCAUCGGCGUCGCCUAGAUACCGCCACAGUUACGCAGAACCAUUUCAUCAUGCACCACCGAUCAAUCAUCAUCAUGAAAUUCUCCAACGAACAAAUAGUUCAUUGUCUUCGGGAAGGAUCGGAAUUGCCGCAAUACAUCAUUAUUAGUUCGCGUACCAAUACUAUAUAGUUGUACCUAGACCUACCUUCCUAGCUACAGUAUCUUAGGUAUCUGUUGUUUGUACUCUCGUAUAUUAGGUACAUUCAUACGCAGAUCUCCUAAAGGUAUAUAUCUCGAAGAGCAGCGAUCUUCUUAUUGUUGUAUGGAUUUAUAUAGGUUUUACUCGUUUGUAUAUUAACCGAGGAACCUUUUUCUCUCUCUCUUUCUUGAGAUGAACUAUAAGAAUAGGUACGUACGUACGUUCAAGUCAAACAUCCAAGUACUAGUAUUGUACCUACGUAAAAACAAAAUAGGUACUGCUAUACGUUCGAAGCUAUAAUUAGAUAAUUUAUUUAUUCCACGACGACCGGUCGAAAUACCUAUUUACACAGCGAUGAGCGAUCGAUGUUGGAAUUAUUAUUACCAUCGAGACGACCAUACUGUUGAGAGUAACUCGUCGUCGGCACAUUGCAGGCAAAAUUGAUGUUUGUUCGAAUAUACGAGUCUUUUUCAGGGUGGCCUUUGUUUCAGAGUUUGAUGAACCAAUCGCAGAUAGGUACGAGCAUAUUGAGCAGGUAAUGGAAAAAUUCAAAAAUUAGCUCUGAAUUUAGGAGAUGAGGAAGGGGACGAUUAAAUCUACUCCAGUUGGAUAUUUUUAAAGCUAACCUGGGUGAAAUGGUUACCAUAGUCCAUAGAUGAAAGAUUUCUGAUUGGUUGGGUACGUUUUUUGGUCAAACGAAAAAAAAAAAAAAUUGAAAAAGCACCGGUACAAAAAUAUGACCCCUGUCCAAAUUGUAACUGCUGAAUUUCUUUUUAAAAUUUUUGAUGAAUUAAAAAAAAAUUGUAUGGAAAAUUCAAAGUUUAUCUUAUUGAAAUCAACGUAGAAAGCUAAAUGAAAAUUUUGUCGCUACCAAAUUUUUGACCUCUGAACUCAACCAGUAUCGGUUUCGAGCUGUUUUGAAGUCUCCUGCAAAUUUUUUGAUUUUCUUGUGUUGAAAAUUUAGUUCUAAAAUUUGAAAAAUCUCAAAAUCCGUUGAAGUCUGCAAAAUUAUUCAAAACCACUACCAAUCGAUCCGAGAAAUUAAAAAUAGAGCGUAAAUUAAAUUUCAUCCGUCUUCCUUAAUUUUACCUAAUUUUGGCUUGUCUUAUAAUAAAUAAUAAUUAUAUGAUCGUUAAAAUUCUCAAAAAAUUUGCCAGAAAUCAAGAAAACGAAUUUUAACAUCUGAAAUUUGGCUUGUUGGUGUAUUUGUUUGUUAUUUUAAGGUAAAGUGGCAUAUUAAUUGUAUUUGACUUCUAAAUGUCCUCUCCUGCUCCCCAUUUUGUACAUAUAAAUUCGGGGAUUGAAGAGAACUCUGAUGAGUCAAAUCCAAAAAAUUGAGUUGAUAUUUGAAUUCAGCCAUCUCAAGACUCGAAUUCGUAAAAAUCGACGUGUCAUAUGUUUAUGUACCACGUUUAGUCAAAUUUUGGAGCAUUUUUUUUCACAGGGUCUCGUCGACCGUCGACGCAGGGUCUGGUAACUUACGCCAAAGUCAGGAUUAUUGGCAAUUUACCUAAAAUUACUGAUAAUUUACCUAAAAUUAGUGGUAAUUUACCCAAAAAUGGAAAUUACUGGUAAUUUACUCAAAACUUGAAAUUACUUGUAAUAAUUAACCCAAAAUUGCUGGUAAUUUACCUAAAAAUCAAAAUCACUGGUAAUUUCCCUAAAAAUUGAAACUACCAGUAAUUUACCAGAAAAUUAAAAUUACAGGUAAUUAACCCAAAAUUGCUGGUAAUUUACCAAAAAUUGCUGGUAAUUUACCCAAAAUUACUGGUAAUUUACCUUGAAAGUUGAAAUCAAAAUUACUGGAAAUUGAAAUUACUGGUAAUUAACCCCAAAUUUCUGGUAAUUUACCAAAAAUCGCUGGUAAUUUACUAAAAAUUGCUGGUAAUUUACCCAAAAUUGCUGGUAAUUUACCCAAAUUUACUGGUAAUUUACAUUGAAAGUUAAAAUCAAAAUUACUGGUAAUUUACCUAAAAAUGGAAAAUACUGGUAACUAACCCAAAGUUGCUGGUAAUUUACCUGAAACUCAAAAUUACUGGUGAUUUACCUAAAAAUUGAAAUUACCAGACCUGUAAUAUACCUAAAAAUUGAAGUUACUGGUAACUAACCCAAAAUUGCUGGUUAUUUACCCAACUUUAAAGUGAUAUAGAACCCAACUUACUGGUAAUUUACCAAAAAAUUAAAAUUACUGGUAAUCUACCUAAAAAUGGAAAUUACUGCUAAUUUACCUGGAAAUUGAAAUUACUGGUAACUAACCCCAAAUUGCUGGUAAUUUACCUAAAAAUUAAAAUCACUGGUAAUUUACCCAAAAUUACCAGUAAUCUACCUAAAAGUCAAAAUUACUGGUGAUUUACCUAAAAAUUGAAAUUACUGGUAAUUUAUCUAAUAAUUGAAAUUACUGGAAAUUUAACUAAAAAUUGAAAUUGGUAAUUUUCAAUACAAAAAUUAUUGAUUGUUGGAAAUUUUCAAAAAAUUACUGACAAUUUGCCAGAAAUUAUUAUUUUACCAAUGGUAAUUUACCAAAAAAAUGUAAUACACAUAAUUUCCUGUCAUUUUUGGAUGAUUUUCAGUAAUUUUUGGUAAUUUUUCAGUGAUUUUAUUUAUAAGUAAAGCUACUACAAAGUUUUUGGUGAAAUACCUUACCAGUAAUUUAUAGUAAGUUUAUAUAUUCUGGUAAUUUUUGGUUAUUUUUUUUAAAAAAAUGUUUCUGUUAAAUUUCUAGUGAUUUUUGGUAUUACAAUUUUUUUGCUAGAAAACCUGUAAUUUCAAGGUAAAUUACUUGUAAAAAAAUGUAGGUAUUUUUUUCAGAUUUUCGAACUAUUUUAUAUUGAAAAUUCAGCUCUGGAAAAUAUUAUCUCUUGUUUUAUUUAAUAAAAGGGGGAAAAAAGGAAAAAUUCUAUUUAACAAUAUCAAAUUUCUUUUUAUUCGAUUACUUACAUAACCUUAUUGUUGUUUUUUUAAAAAAUGUUUUAUUUUUGCGUAAAUUUUGAAUUCUACUCAAAGAUCUAGAUUUUUUAAUAAGUCUUAUUUUUGGUACACAAAGAUCACUAAAACGUUCAAAAAAUUCGAUAUCAAACUUCACUUAAUUGCAAAAUCAUCUAAAAAAAAAAAAAAAAAAAAAAACGCGAUAAAAACGUGGUUUCUUUUAUUUAAUAUUUUAAUCUCUUUCUUUUCAAAAACAGUUUCAAAAUUUUCACAAAUUUUGAAAAAAAUGCUUUGAAAAUACAUUUUUUUUGCAUAAAAAAACUGUAUGAAUCUAAUUAAUCCACGAAGUGUUAUGAUUGUUUCUCAGAUUUUUUUGUUUGAGGGGAGGGGGGAUAGCAAUAUUUUGAACAGAUUUAAAAAUUGAUGCAAAAACCAAAAUGUUGUCAAAACAAUCCCAUGGUCAGAUAUUUUUCCUAAAUUUUCAUUUUCAAAACUCCUAAAAAAUUAUUAAUCCAUGAAAAUUGGAUGUGUUUUUUUAAAGAGGGGGGGGGAGCGACUCGUUUCCAAAAAAUGCUGUUUGUUUCAAACUUAAUUUUUUAUGAUUGAAUUUGCCUGUAUUUUCAACAAUGUAGUAAGAAAUCAUCUCAGCUUGUGUUUUUGGUACUCAAAUAAUUUGACCACAACUAUAAAUUUUUAUCUAUGCUCAUUCUUUUUUUUUUUUUUUUCAGUAAAAACUAUCCGAUUUCAGCUACCUACGUUUGGUUCAUAAGAUUCAAAUUCUGAAACUAAAGACCACCUGAAACUCGUAUUUUAGGUUCCAAUAUUUCCCUGAAAAUUCACCAACUUUAGGCUAAUCUUAUUUUGAACGACCAUCGUGUGCAUAUUAUCGUAUCAAUCAGAGGUGGUCCAGUUUACCCAAUUUCGAAGAUUGUGUGUGUGUUAGCCAAGAUGCUUAUGUAGUAGUGUAUCGGUGUAUUAUAAUUUUAUUUUAAUCGUUUAUUUACCUUUUCUCUCUUUCUUCCCCUCUUUAUUAACCCUAUUUUUAUUAAGAUGUACAUUAUUUUUCGCCUGUUUUAUUUUAUGUUUCUCAAAUGUGUACGUACUAUAUAUAUUUGUGAUUCGAUAUAAUAUUAUCUCGGUAUAUUUUAGUAACAUUUUAAUAUCUAUACGUGUUUUUUUCUUUCCCCAUUAUUUCCUCGAUCAAAAUGCUAAAAUACGAUAUUAUUAAUUUUUAGAAAUAAUAAUAUAGGUACUACGAAGUGAUUCAUGUUCUGUACGUUUACUUAUGCAAAGAUGAGAAGAAAAAAAACGAUUCCCGUUACGAUAUUUUGUUUUGCUUACCGAAUAAAUAAAAAAAAUGAAUAAAAUUA